AUGGCUUCCUGAAUUCUUCAAUUCGUCCAAGAACACAUUUUGAAGCUAAACAAUUGAACACUUUGCCAUUGAUCAACUUGCAAUGACUACUUAGGUAUAGUUAAUUAUAAUACGCUGUCGAAUUGUUUCUUUUCCGCCUGAUUCCACGAUAAAUAGUAGAGAAUGAUUUAAAAUUACCCUGUACAUUUCCUGACCACAAAAACUCGUGAGAACAAUAUUCAUGGUGCAAGAUGUCUGCAAGAGGUGACGAAGAUCUUUCAAAACGUACAUUCUGGGAGAGGUUAAAGGAAUCCUUCUACAAAGAAAGGGAUACACUUACACAGAAUGGUGAAUCUGAAGAGGAAACUGGUUGGCAGAGAGUAAGAGCAUUAUUUGAUGUAAGACAGAGUGAUGAGCAUUUUGAUAAGGAAAGAUGGCGUAGAUUCAUGAAAGCAUUUUUUAAGUCAAGAGGCUAUGAAGACGGACUUUGUCCAGAGAUGGAACAAAUAAGAACAGUCAUGCUUACUACGACUGUUUUUGCCUUUGUCUUUGGUGGUCGGUUUGGUUAUCGCAUCGUAGAUGAUAGCUUUCGGCGACACAACCAGCUGACUGUGUAUGAAUCUGCAAUGCAUGCGCAGCGUCGCUAUCAUGCAUCCAUUGUUGUGGGAUUUGUCAAGUAUGGUUGGCGUUGGGGAUGGAGAGCUGGUGCCUUUGCUGGUGUUUAUAGCUUUCUUGUGGUUGCACUAGAGGCUUAUCGAAACAGAUACGAUGCACUGAAUUUCAUGGCCAGUGGAGCUUCAACUGGUGUUUUGUAUAACAUGUUUUCUGGGUGGCGUAAAAUGGCUGUUGGGGCAGCACUUGGCGGUGGUUUAAGUUUGCCUCUUGGAAUACUUGCACAGGCUGGAAAUGCAAUUCUACCAGAGGAAUAUAAACUGAACAGAAAGCAACUUGAGGAAUACAAUGUUGAAAAGGCAGAGCAGAAACAAAUUCUGAAAGCUACCACCAGUUCAUUGAUAGAAUCCAUAGAGAAAGAAUUAAAACAAAAGGAUCAAACUUGUGAUCACAAGAGAUGACAGUUUUGUUAAUUUCCUGCUCAAGUCCUGAAAAAUAAAUGCCUUUUAAUUUUGAACCCUUUAAUUCCCAAGAUCUCAUCAUUAAUUCUCCUUUCUGUCUGCAAUAUCAUUCAUAUGAUGUUAGUUUGGAGAAUUUGGCAUUGAAUCAACUAAUAAUCCCCCUACUGAUAUUUCUCUUUAUUCUCAUCACUUAUCCGGUUGAUAUUGUAUUGAUAUUGUAAGGAGAAAUUCUGUCUUGGUCACCCAUGGGAGUUAAAGGGAUAGACAAGGACACAUCCAUCUCAAGAACAGGAGGAAUGAGAAGCA